AUGUCGGUAAUUCUUAAAGAUCUCAAUGAUUAUAUUUCCCCCUCUCAAGCUUGUAUAAAGCCUGUUGAAGUCCAAAAAACCUCAAAGGACAACAACAAUGUGAUUAAAAUUGAUAAUUCUGGUGGAUAUUAUGAAGUUUCACAGGAGGGUACUGAGACAAAGCUACAACCCGCAAACAUAAGUUUAGAAGAUUGUUUGGCUUGCAGCGGAUGCAUUACAUCAGCCGAAAGUGUUUUAAUAACAAUGCAAUCGCAAGAAGAGUUAUAUAAUGUUUUGAAAGACAAUAAGCAAGCAAUAAUAGAUGGGAAAUCGGAGAAAAUUAUUGUUGUCACUAUUGCUCCUCAGUCUCAAGCUUCAAUUGCCACGAAAUAUGGAUUAACUUCAUUAAAGGUUGCAAAACGUCUAACUCAUUUUUUCAAGUCACUCGGUGUACAUUAUGUAUUCGACACGUCGUUUUCACGAGAUUUUUCAUUACUUGAAAGCGCUCGUGAAUUUGUUGAGAGAUACCGAAAAUUUCAUGGAAAUCGUGAUUCCUCUUCAUCUCCAGAAAAUGUUUCAAUAAAAAACAAUAGAAUAAAACGUGAAAGUACAUCUUCUAAAGAUGCAACGCAACAUAAAAGUUCAUGUGACAUAUGUUUGCCAGUGUUAGCUUCAUCCUGUCCAGGGUGGAUAUGUUAUGCUGAAAAAACUCAUGGAUUUAUACUACCCUAUAUCAGUGAAACUAAGUCUCCCCAACAAAUUAUGGGUUCAAUAGUUAAAGAUCAUUUAGCAAGUAAAUUAGGAAUAGGGCCAAAUAAUAUAUAUCAUAUUGGAAUCAUGAUGUGUUACGAUAAGAAACUGGAGGCUUCUAGAUCUGAUUUUUUUAAUGAAGAAUAUCAAACUCGUGACGUUGACUGUGUUUUAACGACCGGUGAAGUAAUUAAAAUGUUUGAAGAGCAAAAUUUUAAUAUUAAUGAAAGCCUUGAAAUGCCGUUAGACUCAUUUGUUAAAACAAGUAAAGAGGGGCAACUUUUACGAUCACCUGGUUCGGCAUCAGGUGGCUUUCUUGAAUUUAUACUUGAAUAUUCCGCACGUGAAUUAUUUGGAAUAACAGGAGUUGACGUUGAAAAAGAACAAGGUGUUGUUAUUAAGACUGGCAGAAACAAGGACUUUAAAGAAAUCUCUCUUGAGGUUGAUGGCAAACCAUUGUUAAAAUUUGCUUCUGCAUAUGGGUUUCGAAAUAUACAAAAUAUUGUUCGGAAAAUUAAAAGUGGAAAUAGUCCCUAUAAUUAUAUUGAAGUUAUGGCUUGUCCAUCUGGUUGCAUAAACGGUGGUGGUCAAUUAAAACCAAAUGAAACAAUACCAAUCAAAGAUUGGAUCAAUGAAGUAAAUAAUAUGUAUCGAUCCGUUGAUUCGUUGUCUCCUGAAAAAAAUGAGGCUGUAUUAAACUUGUACAGUGAAUGGCUUGGAGGAAAAGAUAAUCCAAAAUGUAAAAAAUUGCUUCGUACACAAUAUCAUGCAGUAGAAACUACUUUAACUAAUCCAUUGACUGUUAAAUGGUAA